AUGGCUCCCGGAAUGUCCCUUUUCUCGGUCAAUGCGAUCCUCAUCCUCAGCACAGAGGACGGAUCGCGGUUAUUCUCCAAGUACUACACCGCACCCCACCACGGCCCCUCGGCGACACAGAAGGACGGAGUCGCCUCUCCGAGCAACCCCUACCCCGAUGUCAAGUCCCAAAAGGCCUUCGAGAAGGGCCUCCUCGACAAGACGGCCAAGCAGACCGGCGAUAUCAUCCUCUACGACAACCGUAUCGUUCUGUACAAGAUGGAGUCGGACGUCAUGAUGUACGUCGUCGGCGGUGUUGAUGAGAACGAGGUGCUGCUGUAUAACGUCAUUCUGGCCCUGAGGGACUCUCUUCACCUGCUCUUCAAGCAAUCUGUCGACAAGCGCACAAUCGUCGAGAACUACGACCUCGUUUCCCUCGCCAUCGACGAGAUCGUCGACGACGGCAUCAUCCUGGAGACCGACCCCACCAUCAUCGUGCAACGAGUUAGUAAGGCACCGGCGCAGGAUGUGGACCUCCGUCGUAUCGAUCUCAGCGAACAGGGUGUCAACAACCUCGCCCAACUGGGCAAGUCGAAACUGGCGGACUGGCUGCGACAAGGAUUGUAA